AUUUGUUUUUUCCCAUUAAUCAAAACACCCGAGACGAAUACGAACCCUAGAAUCCAUUCCAUUCCUCUUUCAAUUUUUGUUUCUUUUCAAUCGAAAAUUCAAUGAAGGGACCAAUGUGCGCCUAAUCUUUUCCAUAUCUUCUACAUUUCGUUUUUCAGAGGAAGAUGUCGUCAUCACCUUUUCCAAUCCUGGACAACCGCCCAAUCGACAAGUGGAAGGUUACCGAGUUGAAGGAAGAGCUCAAAAGACGGAGACUAACUACACAAGGCUUGAAGUUUGAUUUGGUUAGGCGUCUCGAUGAUGCCCUUCGUGCUGAGCAGGAAGAGUCAGCCAAUCAGCAGCCUGAUGUUACUUAUGUACCUGGAGGCAACCUUGCACCAGAUCCAACGCAGACCACUCCUGUUCCUCUAGUUGGGACCACUCCAGAACCAGAGGUUAACGCUGUAGUAGUUACCCAAGAGGCAUCUAAUGAGCGGAUUGUUGAGAUGGAGAAUAAGGAGACGUUUAGCGGGUUGGAUUCUAAGGCCCAACCUACAGAGGUAUCUGCUAUCCACAACCAGGUAUCUGAGGUCAUCCCCGUUACAGGGUUUGAGGUAAAAUCUGAUUGUAUUUCAUCAAAUAAUGAAAAAAUAGAACUAAAGGGUAACGAAAUUGCUGAUAAUGUCAAAUUAGAACAUAGUCUUAGUAAGUCCCAAGAGCCAUCAACAGCCAUUGGCGAUUCGCAUCCAAAGAUAUCUGCCGGGGGUGGAGAUGAUGCAGAUAUGACCAAAGGAAAUAAUAAUAGUGUCGACUCUGAAAAGUUGAAUUUAGAUAGAAGUUCUGGUGAUGAGUCUAUGGAUGAUGAGCCUGAGACGAACCAAAAUGAAUCGGUUACGCCUCUUGAAGUGGUGGAUAAGAGUGAGCAAAAUGACUUGCUUCCUGAUAAGGCUGAUAAUAUGGAUGGUGAGAAAGGAGAAGCCCCUGAUAACAAAAGCCAUCCACUGGUGGCUUCUGACAAAAGAAAGCUUCCUGUUAAUGAUCAAGAAGCUGUUGGAAACAAUGUGCCUGCAAAGAGGCAACGCCGAUGGAACUCCGGGAAUAUUAAAGUUCCUGAAGCACAGGCCACUAAUAGCGUGGCACCCUCUACAACACCGAGCUCAGCUGGUCUGAAGCGUGACUUCUCCCGAUCUGACUCUUCGGUUAGUGAGGAUGGACCCAAGGAACGCGUGGUUCCUCCAUCUCCAAAGGAGCCCACCAAUUCCCUCAAGAUUGAUCGUUUCCUUAGGCCGUUCACACUGAAAGCUGUUCAAGAGCUUUUGGGUAAAACUGGAAAUGUCACUAGUUUCUGGAUGGACACCAUUAAGACCCACUGCUAUGUAUCAUAUGGUUCAGUUGAAGAAGCUGCAGCAACAAGAGAAGCAGUGUAUAACCUCCAAUGGCCACCUAAUGGGGGCCGUCUUCUGACAGCUGAAUUUGUUGGACCAGAGGAAGUGAAGGCAAAACUAGAAGCUCCUCCUCCUCAGCAGCCAAAGGAUCAGGCUCCUUCGCAGCCACCUCCAACUGCUCUGCCACCACCACCGCCUUUGGCCAAAGCACCUCCAGUCAAAGAACGCCAUGCCCUUCCUCCUCCUCCUCCUCUAGUCCCGGAGGAACAAGAGGCUCCCAUAGUCACUCUGGAUGAUCUUUUCAAGAAGACAAAAGCAAUCCCCAGGAUAUACUACUUGCCCUUGUCAGAGGAACAAGUUGCAGCUAAACUUGCAGCUAAUAACAAGUGAUCUUGUUGCUUCUUGGCGAUUUCAUGCCAUUAUGUUCGUUGCAGGCUCUUAGGAAUUUAGCUUAGUUGCGGACAAAAGUUGAGAGGACUUGUUGAGUUUGGUUUGGUAUUGCUAAUGGUAGAACGCAGGAGAAGACUCCUUAUGUUUUUUUUACUAUACUUUGGUUGGUACCUUUUGAUGAACGAACAAAGUUGGUUGUGCUGGA